GGACCCGAGUGGGGCCCCAAUCGCGUAUUAAUAAAAGAAAGAAAGAGAUAGAAUAGUUUCGGUUACAGUACCUUUUGUCUAAUGACACUUUUGUUUUCCGUUCAACCAUGUCCUCGUGCGAUUCGUACAGUUUCAAAUCUAGCGAUAAGUUAUCAGUUUUUGACAAAACUGACAAUGCCAAGAAAUCUGUGAAUGUAGACCAAAAAAGCGAAUUUGGUAAGUAUGAAGAAACUUACAAUUGGGUCGAAUGCGAAUCCAUGCAAUUCCCGGGGAAACCAUAUUUUUUUAACUUGAGAACACAAAAUACCACGUGGAUUCGACCGGUAUCAAGACACGUGCAACUUCAACGUUUCAGUCGGAAAUCUAAAAUCUUCGAUGAUAAUUCGACACCUGAAAAAGAAAUUCCGUUGAUUUUAUCGUCAGAAAGUGAAAAAGAUGAUUGGGAGUAUAUUGAUAACGAAGAAAAUAAUCAAAGCAAUAAAGAAAUUUAUAAAAAUUCGGAAAUUCUUGCACGAUUAUAUUACGGUACGAAACUAAACCAAUUUUCCAACAAUGAUGAAACGCUAUAUUUUCAUGAUUAUUUUAAUUAUUUUGUCGAGAAUCUAAGCAAUAAAGAUUCACAAGGUUCUCACGAAGUUGCGGAAGAAGAAACGGUUUGCGAUAAAAGUGCACUCGAGAACUCGCCGAUCAUUAUAUCUAAUUUUCUCGACGUAGAAUUAUCGGUGUCGGAAGAUGCAUUGAAUAUUAAAGAAAAUAUUGAACCAUCCAACGAGGACAACAUAUCACUUAUAGAAAAACCUAUCAUUUAUUCAACUUCCAGUUCCGACGAAGAGAAGAAAGAGAACAACAUGCGUGAAAAUUAUAUUGUGCCCCGUUUAAAAAAAAUAAAACCUCUGUGUUUGUUAAAAAAGAGUUUUAAAAACGCGAAGAGAAAAAAGGUAGCGAAGAAACGGAUACCGUUACAAGAGAAAAAAUUACAAGAAGUUAAAAUUGUUCGUGAAAUGUACGGUACGACAACUAUUAGUUACGAUCCGGUCGAGCCGGAACUUCCACCUGGUGUGAGAAAAAGAAAUCUUAGUGACAGUAGUAGCGAAGAAGAAAAUGUCAGAUCUGUUUGGAAUAAUUCGAAACUUUUCAAUAUCGAUUCAUACGUUGCGAAUUUGUCUAGCAAAUCAAGUUCGAGCAGUAGUUCUAAUUCCAGUUCUAGUUCCAGUUGCAGUUGUACUUGCAGUUGUUGCAGUUCAUCAUCCACUACAAGUAAAACUUCUAAACAUUAAAGGAAAGAGUACAUAACAAAUAUGUAUAAAUAUUUUAUACAAUAUUUCUUAACAAAAUGAUAAGUGCCUAAAGUAUGAAAUCUGCGUUUUUACUUUGUUUUAUUUAUAUUUUAUACUUCACCCCCGUUUACAAUUGUAGAACCAAAGAGAGCCAACAGAGGGCAACAGUGCAUGGCACUGGAAGGUAUACAUUU